AUGGGACAUAGUAACUUUUCCAUCAAAAGAUUUUCAAACAAGUUAAAAUUUCCAAAACUUUCAAAGUUAACAAAAUCCAAACCAGUAUUAAUACCAGAUAUAUUGGAUGAAAUAUUCCGUUGUUUAAGUGAUGAUCGAACGUCUUUGCAUUCUUGUAUCCUGGUGAGCAGACUUUGGUGUAGGUUAGCCAUACCAAUAUUAUGGAGCAAUCCAUUCAUGAAACCGAAUUAUUAUGGAUAUUUUGCCGUACGUACAUAUAUCUGCUGUUUGGAUGAAUCAGAAAAGUCCCUGUUGCGUCAGCAACAGAUUCGAAUUCCAACCCAUCCAUCCCCACCAUUAUUUGAUUACCCUUCAUUCCUCUUGACAUUUAUCUAUAGCAAUUUUGCUAUAGGUCUCGAGGAUUUCGUUACCGGAAACGAAAUCGAUUUUUUGCACAUGAAUGGGAAAAGGAUGAUCAUAUCCAGCGUAAUCGUCAACAUGAUCUUUUCUCGAUCUCGAGGUAUCAGAGAAUUUGAUUAUUACCGGACUCAUCUGUCUAGACAGAUCAUCCUUACAUUAGACCAUUCAUUAUCGUUGCUUGGAGGAAAAAGAGAAGAGAGAGUAGGUUCAAGUCAUUCCUUGAUAAACAAUUCGUUGGAUAAGAUUCAAUCAUUUAGAUUUAAUGGAAGCUGUAUCAUGGAUGAAGUUUAUUCGAUAACAUGGCCAAAUUUCCUUAAUACCAUCUCAUCAUCCGCGACGAAUAUCAAACAUUUAUCUUUCCGUUUAAAUAAUACAGAAUUUAGCGUGCAAUCAAUUUAUAAUUCGAUUGCGAAUCUAGUUGGAUCCCAAAGGGCUCUAAAAAGUUUUGAGAUAAACGAAAUUUGGAUACCUCGACAUGAUAAAGUGAUCUUUAAUUCAUUAUGUAAACAAGGAGAUUCCUUAAGUCAUAUUAGAUUAUUUGGUAGGGUUAGAUUAAGUUGUUUAAUGGAAGUGUUAGUGAUUUGUAAUAAUUUAACCACGUUAGAAGUUGAAGAAUUCCAUAAAAAUGACCACGUGCCCAUAUUAAAAUAUAGGAAUGCAAAUAUUUCUAUAAACAAACUUUGUUAUUUGCAAAAUCAACCGGAAAGUUCUACCGUUAACACUCAUAAUGACUAUGGAAUUUCCUUCCUGUUACAAAUGAUAUCGAAUAACUUAAAAACAUUUACCUGUAAAUAUUUUUGUUCCGAAUACUUUAUCAAUUUAAAAAAGUACUCGGUGAACUUGACUCAUCUGCGUAUCAUCAUUAAAUCUCAGACCAUAUCAAGGUUUAGUAAAGUAUUGUCUUUGAUGAAUUCUUUGAAGCAAUUGUAUGUAGAAUCUCCUAAAGAGGAGUAUUGUUUAUUCACGGAGGCCAUGAUCCAUCAAUUAGCUCAUUCAUUACCUUACUCCUUACACCACUUAUCCCUAAAUCUUUCCUUCACUAUGGGAUUACUAAAAACAUUCUUGAGUGCAUGUUCAAUACAUUUAAUUUCUUUCGAGUUAUUUGUUAUAUAUGAACCGCAUAGAAAAUAUUCUUUGUUCAUCAUGGAAUAUUACGAUAGAGUUGGCAGUUUACAAUUUAUAAAAUUGAGCAGAUAUCUUUUAGAAAAAUAUCAUUUUAGUUUACAUUAUAAAAAGAAACUUUCCUAUAAGGUAAUUGAAUCUCUGCCAAUUUGGAUUCAAGAUCAAUUUUAA